CACCUAACAACAAAAAAAUUCAUAACUUAGAAAAACAGAUACAAUAUAUUAUUCAAUUAAAAAAACACACAUACAAAUUAUAAAAUAAUAUGCACAAUAUAAUAACACUUUUAAGUGAAGGUACAUAUAUUUAGAAAAACAUUUAAAACAUGUGCCAAAACUAUAAAUAUUAAUUAUCUCUCUACCUAAUGGAUAGCUCCCUCUUCUAUUUCCAGAUUUUUCUACAAUGAGCAUAAAAGAAUAAAGAUGAUAAAAAAUAUACUUUACCAGACUACAUUAAAUCACAUCUUUUUUUGUUUGUUAGUAGGUAUCUUAGCAGGGAUACGAACUACAGUAAUUCUUUUUAAAUUAUAACUUCAAAAGGCUGAUAAGUGUCAGCAGUAACAUACUGAAGAAAUAUGUGUCUUAUCUAUCUUUAUAAGACCACUUAUAGUUUUAAGUCAUAAUCUCUUCAAGGCACAAACACUGACUUUCGUGAAGUCAUUAUGACAGAGACUACAUCUUCAGUACUUAAGAAAACCAUCAGGCAUGACAACGGACAAAUGAUAAUCUCUCCUCUGAAAAAUACUGGCAAAUCUGAGUCGCUUAAAGAAAACAUACCUAAGACUUUAAAAGAACUUCCUAAGGAGACUUUCAAACAGUUAAACUAUCUGCAAACCACAGUUUCAUCGACGUCAAUACGCGACAUUUUAAAACCACACGAAAAAGAAAGGAAACUGUUAGUAAGCCAGCAGACCUGCAAUGGGGCUGCUACCGCUGUGGGCAACCCAAUAGCUCACACUUCUCUGAAGACUGGAGCUAGGUCUGCUGAGGCUGAGAAAACACAGACCCAGAUUCUUUGGAUUUUCUUUACUAAGUCAUCCUUAACUUACCUCAAAAUGACAAACAGUUCCUUCUCCUGCACGGUUUACAAAAACCUGGAGCCAUUCACGUAUUUUUUUUAUUUGGUUUUCCUUGUGGGAAUUAUUGGAAGCUGUUUUGCAGCCUGGGCCUUCUUGCAGAAAAACACGAACCACAGGUGUGUGAGCAUAUACUUAAUUAAUCUGCUUACGGCCGAUUUCCUGCUCACUCUGGCAUUACCACUGAAAAUUGUUGUUGACUUGGGCGUGGCACCCUGGAAGAUGAGGAUAUUCCACUGCCAAGUAACAGCCUGCCUCAUCUACAUUAACAUGUACUUAUCGAUUAUCUUCCUAGCAUUCAUCAGCAUUGAUCGCUAUCUUCAGCUGAUACACAGCUACAAGAUUUAUCGGAUACAAGAACCUGGAUUUGCCAAAAUGUUAUCAACCGUCGUGUGGCUAAUGGUUCUCCUUAUAAUGGUGCCAAAUAUGAUGAUCCCCAUCAAAGACAUCAAGGAAAACCCAAACGUGGGCUGCAUGGACUUCAAAACAAACUUUGGGAAAAACUGGCACUUGCUGACUAAUUUCCUAUGCGUGGCGAUAUUUUUAAAUUUCUCGGCCAUCAUUUUAAUACCCAACUGCCUUGUAAUUCGACAACUCUACAGAAACAAAGAUAAUGAAAGUUAUCCCAACGUGAAAAGGGCACUCAUCAACAUACUUCUAGUGACGACAGGCUACAUCGUAUGUUUUGUUCCUUACCACGCUGUCCGGAUCCCGUACACCCUCAGCCAGGUGGAAGUCAUAUUCGACUGCUCCACCAGGAAUUUACUCUUCAAAGCUAAAGAGGCUACGCUGCUCCUGGCUGUGUCGAACCUGUGUUUUGAUCCCAUUCUGUACUAUCACCUCUCGAGAGCAUUCCGCUUAAAGGUCACUGAGACCUUUACCUCACAAAAGGAGACCAGGACCCAAACAGAAAAACCAAGAUGUGAAAACAAUGCAUAAAAUGUGGAAUCUUUCAGAUGUUACGGCUUCUUGACAAUAAGUUUGAAACUACUGGGAUAGAGAGAAAACACAUCAAUCAGUAAGGAGAAACACAGACAGCUAACAAAUGGGGCCUGGUUUGUUUAGAAACCUUGUUUCUAAAUGCAAUACUAGCCUGUACUCUUGUGAUUGUUGGUAUUCCUAACCCAAAUAUUUGUACAAAAGACUAAAAAGUCUUGUUGAACCAAUAAAAAAAAAAACAAAAAACCUGCAAUAUUCUUGAAAUCCAAAUGAGAUCUGUACUAGAGACUCAGAGGUCUUCCUGAAGUAUUCAUUUAAAUGCCUAGAACUGACUUUUUGAUAAAAAUAUGCAGAACGACUUCUAUGGAAGUCGUCAGAAAGCCCUGGAGCAACACAGCUUUAGAAGCUUUUGAAUAACUUUAUUUAAAAGAAAAGAAAAAACAAAACAAAACCUGGCUGAUUUUAACAUGAAACUACCUGUGCCUAAUUUUAACCCAUCACUUCAAAGAUGGUAACCUUUCGGCUCACUAUUCUCCUGUUUCACAUCUAAUCUUUUCUCUAACACAAAAACUAAAAAAACUGUUAUUUAUAAAAAGACUUGGAAAUACAAAGAUGAUCUUUAAUGUACUGUAUAUACACAUAUUUUCUCUAUAUGUUAAAAAUAAAGGUUUUCCACCAG